AUGCGAACGCCAUGUUGCCAUUCGUUCCUCGCCUUCAUCCUCAAAUUCCUGAAUUUUCUGCAGGCAUUUGUUGGCCUCGCCGUAAUCGUGUACUCCGCUUACCUGCUCAAUCAAUGGCAACGCCACAAUCACUCCCUUCCGCCGCCGGGAGCUCUCAAUUUGGCGCUCGGUUUUGAUGCCGGCUCUUUACCGGCACCUUGGUUUAUAUAUGCGUUUAUGGGGAUUGGGAUUUUGGUAUGUUGCAUAACAUUCAUUGGCCACAUUGCUGCAGAGGCUAUCAAUGGCUGCUGUCUUUGUUUUUAUGCUAUACUUGCUACCCUGUUUAUUCUGUUGGAAGCUGGUUUGGUGGCUUUCAUAGCUCUUGAUCACAAUUGGGAGAAGGAUAUCCCAUUUGAUCCCACUGGAGAACUUGACAGAAUACGAACAUUUAUAGAAGACAAUAUUGAUGUCUUUAUGUGGGUUGGCAUUGCCAUUGUUGUAAUGCAGGUUUUAUCCCUACUUUUUGCAUUGAUAUUGAGAUCCUUAAUUUCUGUUCGGCAAGAGGAUGAUGACAUUGAGGGAGACUAUGAUUACAGAAGUAAUAGCCGAGAACCACUCCUUCCUCCUUAUUCGAGCCAAGCAUCUGUUUCAGCUAGAGGUGACUCUGAUAUAUGGAGUUCAAGAAUGAGAGAGAAGUAUGGUCUGAACAAUGGCGAAACAAAAAGCAGUUUACUAAACCAGAAUCCAUCAAGCGAUGCUAAACCUUGA